GUAGUUGCAAUGGAAUUUGACGGUGUUAUCUUCUCACCCAACUCCGUUAUCGUUAACCGACACUUCCAUCGCCAUGGAUCCCUUGAUCCGCAAGCUCCGGCGCCAGCUCCUCGCAUGGCUUCACCGAUCUCGUUCCGGUCAGGUAUUUUUUGUGAGGAGAAUUUCGUACAAGGAUGUUAGAAAGGCGACAGAUGGUUUCCAAAGAAUCGUUUAUAGCGAUUCUGAGGUUUCUGCAUAUGCUGCGAAAUUCGGAGAGGGUGGUGGUGUUUGCUUGGUGAAAGAAGUAAAAGAUUUUGAUCUAAGCAAUGGCAAUUUCCAUAGACAAGUGCAAUUUUUGGGGCGCUUGCAUCAUCGUCACCUUCUCUCACUCAAAGGGUUUUCUGGGGGACAUAAUCACAAGAGACUGCUCAUAUUUGACAACAUAGAAAAUGGAAGCUUAAAGGAGCAUCUCAAUGACCCUUUAAAGACUCCCUUAAAUUGGAGGACGAGGUUACAGAUUGCUAAUGGUGUUGUGGCUGCACUGGAAUACUUGUUUCGCUUCAGUGAACCACCAGUAUGUAAUGUCUCUAUCAGCUCAAGCAAUAUCAUGUUAGAUGAGAACUUCACAGCUAAACUAUCCGACUUUGGCCUUUUUACUUCUGGUGGAAAUUCUGUUAUGAUGCCAUAUUCAGAAGAUUGCAUGAGGCAGAAAGGUUGCAAGAUUAUAUUCCAACUUGGAGUGGUCAUACUGGAAUUGGUCACCGGUCAGUCUUCAGAGAUGGAAGGAUCUGAUUUGAUUGAAUGGAUCCAAGAAGCCCGAUUCUACAGUUCCAUAGAUAAGAUGAUAGACCCUGAUCUUGGAAACAAUUAUGAUUGUACGGAGCUUAAAAGUCUUCUAGCUGUGGCAAAAUUAUGUAUCAAAUCAUGGGACAAGCCUUCGUUUACAAUUCCUCAGUUAUUUCGGUAUGUCCAAAAGAAGAUUGACAUUCCCCAUGACUAGGUCCGUUUAUUUGUUUUCUUUGAAAAACCUUGGGCUUCAUGGGAGAAUAUUUGGCACCCCCUUGUGUGAAUGCUUUCACGUUUCUUGCCUCUUGGAGAGUCGGUUUUGUUAACUGCCG